GUGCUGUUCAGUACGCGCUGAAAACCCGGAGAGCGCAUUUCUCAGCAUCCCCAUAUUAGACACAUCGGACGCAACGGCUACUGAAGAGAUCCUGAACGUCAACACACACGAAAGGACAAAUUUAGACACUCGAACUAGGCAGUUGUUGACUGCCCGUUAUAAAUAAGUGGCAGUAUAGCUGCUUUCGCAAAUUUGCUAACUUCACCGAGGCACCAACUUGUUUUGUCGCAAGGAGCCAAGACAGAAUGAAUGCCUCUCAGGGAUUAUUUAAUCGGACUCUGACUUCGGCAAGACUUUCGUUGGACAGCGCAAGAGGAUGCUGCAGCAUCUCUGCCCCACCUAUCACCAGCGACGGCUUUGGUGCGUCCUUUAUGGACGACCGAGAACAAUUUAUCAUGCACCUGGUGUAAAUAACUGUACUUUGUGUCUUGUUGACUGUCAUUUUCGGAUUUUUUCUUGGUUGUAGUCUUCUAAUUAAGUCGGAAAGUCUGAUACAUUUAGUACAGGACCGCAGACCGUCGAAAGAGGUGGAAAUCAUGACUGCUGUGUAAAUUUGUUGUUUAGCUUGUGUCGUGCGUUCA